AGACGCUGUCUGCUCUACGCAGCUAUCUGCGACCUGCUGUACGAACUGUUGUGAACGCCUCAGCACGCCUUCAGCUUGAGCAAUGUGUUAGCGGUGUUAUUUUGAAGGCAGUCGAUUUGGUCUCCUUUGUGCAUUCGUUGACGUUAUGUCCUUCUAGAUAACGAAGUUGUCCCCUCCUUUCCCCUCUUCAUUUAGGUGCUGAUUGCAACUUCAGUCGGACCAGCUGCAGUAUCCUCUUCUGGAAUAACUUUCAACAGCUGUAGAACUUAAAGGGAUUCGAAAGAGCCACACGUGACGCUACCUGUCCUGCACACCUGGACGUAAACGGGAGUAAAGAUCUAGGAGCCCAGAACCAUGCAAGGCAAUAUGCACACAGCGCUGGUCUUUUUGCCGACGAUGCAAAAGCUCUGGGAAAAAAUGGAUAAUAGGGCUUUUCGUAUUAAAAUUUGAGGACGUUUUGGUUAAUUCUGAAUGGACACAUCGGGAAUCAGAUAUCAGCCUAAGCAGAAACAUCUUUAGAAGGACCGUAUAUAAAAUGAACAGAGAUUAAACAUGGCCAGAGGAGCUUAGACUAGAAAGAUAACAGGAUUAAUUUUGAACGGGUGACUUCCUCCCCUGCCAUCCUUCAGCAAGACCAUACCUCUGGUGGCCUUACGGCUCAGAGGACACACAGCUGCACCAAUGUAUCAGGAAAUGGCCUUACUGUCUGGCAGCUCCGAACGCCAGUUCCCUACGUUUUCGUUCAACCCGCUGGAGAACCUGCACGAGGUCCGCACCAAGAAAGGGGUCUUCUACAAAUCGGCCAAGCUUCUCCACCCAGGAGAAGAGCUCUGCUGCCGAUCGCACCUGGAGGACAGCAGGAGCCGCUCCGUGAUCAUUAAUGUGGGAGGCAUCAAGUACUGCAUCCCCUGGACCACCCUCGACGAGUUCCCCCUGACCCGGCUGGGGAAGCUGAAGGCCUGCAGCAACCACGACGAGAUCAUGGACGUCUGCGACGACUACGACAUGAGCCGCAACGAGUUCUUCUUCGACCGCAGCCCGAGCGCCUUCAGGACCAUCAUGACCUUCCUGGCGGCGGGGAAGCUGCGGCUCCUGCGCGAGAUGUGCGCCCUGUCCUUCCAGGAGGAGCUGCUCUACUGGGGCGUCGAGGAGGAGAACCUGGAGUGGUGCUGCCUGCGGAAGCUGCGGCAGAGGGAGGAGGAGCGCAGCGAGGCGCGGCGGGCCGAGAACGGGCUGACCUCCCCGCCCAGCGAGGAGCCGCCGCCCAGCACCUUCUCCGACGAUAGUCGCAUGGGCGGCUGCAUGCGGAAGCUCAGGGACAUGGUGGAGAACCCGCACUCGGGCCUGCCGGGGAAGAUCUUCGCCUGCCUGUCCGUCAUCUUUGUGGCCAUCACAGCCGUCACCCUCUGCAUCAGCACCAUGCCGGACCUCAGAGAGGAGGAAGAGCGGGGUGAGUGCUCCCAGAGGUGUUAUAAUAUCUUUGUGCUGGAGACAGUGUGUGUGGCCUGGUUUUCCCUGGAGUUCCUGCUGCGCUUCAUCCAGACACAGAGCAAGUGCGUGUUCCUGAGGACACCGCUGAACAUCAUUGACGUCAUGGCCAUCCUGCCCUACUACAUCACCCUUAUCGUGGACUCCUUCUCUGUGGGCAACAAGCCCGUUGGCUCUGGGAACAGCUACUUGGAGAAGGUGGGCCUCGUCCUGCGAGUGUUACGGGCCCUCCGAAUCCUCUACGUCAUGAGGCUGGCCCGGCACUCUCUGGGCCUGCAGACGCUGGGCCUCACGGUGCGUCGCUGCACCAGGGAAUUCGGCCUCCUCCUGCUCUUUCUGUGCGUUGCCAUGGCCCUCUUUUCCCCUUUGGUCUUCUUGGCCGAGAGCGAGAUGGGAGCCAAGCAGGAGUUCACCAGCAUCCCAGGCUGCUACUGGUGGGCCGUCAUUUCCAUGACAACGGUGGGCUACGGGGACAUGGUCCCCCGCAGCAUCCCCGGCCAGGUGGUGGCUCUUAGCAGCAUCCUGAGCGGCAUCCUGCUCAUGGCCUUCCCCGUCACCUCCAUCUUUCACACCUUCUCCCGCUCCUACCUCGAGCUCAAGGAGGAGCAGAGCAGGGCGUCGAGGCAAAAGCACGAUUCCCAGGACAGCACCAAGUCGCAGAACAGCGAGGACUCGCAGGAAACAGACAGCUCCUUCCCAGGGAUCAUGGAGGCUAUGGUUCACAGGAAAUCCUUAGUAGUGGUGUCACAGAAGUCAGCUGAGAGCAGGGUGCAGCCAAAGACCUAACAGAGCUCCGAGGGGGAGGUGGGUGAGCUGCAGCAAUCUGAACUGGCAGUUUGGAAGGCUGUGAGAAACAGGCAGGACGCAACGCUUCAGAUAUGAACUGAUUUUUUUUUUUCCAUCCACAGGAAAUAUUCGACAAAGUGCUUCUUUUAAAAAAGUAACCUUAUUUCGUAAAACUUCCCGCACAAUGUUUUUACAAAUUAAAUACAAUAGAAGGAGAUCUGUAAACUAUAAAUUUAAAAUACCCUAACACAGGAAUAUUAUUACUUAUUUGACUGUUUUGCUAUCACGCCUAUCAAAAACAAGUCUCCUUUCACUGGAAAGGAUUUGCUAAACAGCUUUAUAAAAAGCUAUUGUUGUGCAAGAAAAGAAAUAGUUUCUUUGGUAAUUGUAUUAAUAAACCACAAAGAGGAACUUAUUCUACCUAAAUGGAAUAUUUUAAGAUUCUGUAUGGUAUGCUUUUAGCUUUAGUAGACUCAGGUUGGUCUGAUUUUUAAUAAAUGUUAUAAAAUUUA